GGGAUCGACGGAGGAGGCGGGAGAGUUUCUAGGAACCGGCAACAUCAAACAGGCGUCCAGAGGUCUAACAGCCUUGAUUCUGGUGUGAGCUUUCAUGAAUCAAAGUUCACUUCUUCAGAUGCAGAUGUUGCAUAUAUACGUGGUUGUGUCUCUGAAAACUGAGUCCCAAAACCACACUUUGGAUUGCAGGAGGCCACAGAUCCAUCACUUGCCUGUACAGAAGAAUCUGGCAGAGGAGGAAGGUGAUCUGUUGUUCCCGGUGGAGGCUCUUCAGAGAGGAAGAGAGGAUGAGGGAAGAGUUGGACUCAGUUGUCCCUGGAUCAAGAGAAGGCCUUGAUGCCUCCAAGGCUGGGAGCAGAAGAGAACUGUGGGAAGGAACCACGAAGAAAAGCCGAAGAAACACUCAUGAUCUCUCACCAGAUGUGCAACACCAGCAAUUCAGGCACUUCUGCUACCAGGAGACUGAGGGCCCCCGAGAAGUUUGCAGCCAACUCCACCAUCUUUGUUACCAGUGGCUGAAGCCCGAAAGGCACAGCAAGAAGGAGAUGCUGGACCUGGUAAUCCUGGAACAAUUCCUGGCCAUCCUGCCCCAGGAGAUGGGCAACUGGGUCAGGGAAUGUGGGGCAGAGACCAGUUCUCAGGCCGUGGACCUGGCAGAAGGCUUCCUCUUGAGCCAGGCAGAAGACAUGGAUUGGGACCAGCUGGUGCAGGGAAGGAUCGCGCAGGAGCAUUACCACAGAGCAGCUUUUCCAGGUGGAGCUCUAUAUUCUUGGCCAACUUUUUGGGGCAGAGAGAAAGCAGCUUCCAUGCAGACUGAUGGGGGUUUGGUGACCUUUGAGGAGGUGUCUGUUCAUUUCUCUGAAGAGGAGUGGGCUCUGCUGGAUCCGGACCAAAGGAGGCUUCACAAGGAAGUCAUGAAGGAAAAUUAUCAGAAUGUGGCCUCUAUGGAAAGACUUCUGGUUCCCAAACCUGAUUCCAUAUUCCCACUGGAAGAAGCAGGAGAUCCUCUUGACCAAGACCCAGAAGAAAGGAAGACAUCAGCAGAGGAUAAUAGUCUGCAGAACAAGUUCAAGCAAGAACCACAACAUCUCCCAUACAAUAAAGAAGAGCAGAAAAUAAGCACAGAAAUAAAAUGGAAGAGAGAAAAUGAAUGUUGUGUUUCUCAGGGUACUGAAUCCCAGCUAUUUGAUACACAACAAAAAAUUAAUAUAAAUGAAAAACCAGGUAAGUGCUUCAAAUGUGGGACAAGCUUUGAUUUGAAGGGAGACAUCCUUGGACAUCAACUUCACAAAGAGGAGACGCAUAAAUGCCAGGCAUGUGGAAAGGGCUUUGCUAAGAAUUGCUUCCUUUCUGCUUAUCAACACAUCCAAACUGGUGACAAAGCAUACAGUUGCUUGGAGCGUGAAAAAAGCUUUGCUCAAACUUCAGCACUUACUUCCCAUCCACAUAUCGACACUGGGGACAAACCAUAUAAAUGUUUGAAGUGUGGAAAGACCCUUUCUCAGAGUUCACAUCUUACUCGACAUCAACGAAUCCACACUGGGGAGAGACCCUAUAAAUGCUUGGAGUGUGGAAAAAACUUUGCUCAGCUUUCCGAUCUUAAUAAACAUCAACGAAUCCAUACUGGGGAGAAACCAUAUAAAUGCUCAGAGUGUACAAAGAGCUUUGCUCAGAGUUCACAUCUUACUAACCAUCAACGAAUUCACAGUAGGGAGAAACCCUAUAAACACUUGGAGUGUGACAAAAACUUUGUUCAGAGGUCUGAUCUUUCUAAACAUCAACGAAUCCCCACUGAGGAGAAACCAUAUAAAUGUGUGGAGUGUGGAAAGAGCUUUGCCCACAUUUCACUUCUUACUCAACAUCAACGAGUCCACACUGGGGAGAAACCAUAUCAAUGCUUGGAGUGUGGAAAAAGCUUUGCUCAUCGUUCUGAUCUUACUAAGCACCAACGAAUCCACACUGGGGAGAAACCAUAUAAAUGCUUGGAGUGUGGAAAGAGCUUUACCCACAGUUCGGCACUUACUAAACAUCAACUAAUCCACACUGGGGAGAAACCAUAUAAAUGCUUGGAGUGUGGAAAAAGCUUUGCUGUGAGUUCAUCACUUACUAAACAUCAACAAAUCCACAUUGGGGAGAAACCAUAUAAAUGUUUAGAGUGUGGAAAGACCUUUUCUUGGAUUUCAGAACUUACUGUCCAUCAACGUAUCCACACUGGUGAGAAACCAUAUAAAUGCUUGGAGUGUGGAAAAAGCUUUGCUCAUCGUUCUGAUGUUACUAAACAUCAGCGAAUCCACACGGGUGAGAAACCAUAUAAAUGCUUGGAGUGUGGAAAGAGCUUUACCCACAGUUCAACACUUGCUAAACAUCAGCGAAUCCACACUGGGGAGAAACCAUAUAAAUGCUUAGAAUGUGGAAAAAGCUUUACCCACAGCUCAACACUUGCUAAGCAUCAGCGAAUCCAUACUGGGGAGAAACCAUAUAAAUGCUUGGAAUGUGGAAAAAGCUUUGCUGUGAGUUCAUCACUUACUAAACAUCAACAAAUCCACACUGGUGAGAAACUACAUAAAUGCUUAUAGUGUGGUAAGAGCUUUGCUCAGACUUCAUAUGUUAUUAAACAUAAAAAUACACACACAGGAGAAAACACAUAAAUUCCUGUAGUGUGAAAAACGCUUUGCUCACAGUCUUAUGCUUUCUGUUCAUCAACAAAUGCACAUAGAGGAGAAACCCUACACUCUUUGGAGUCUGUUAAAACUUUUGUUGUGAAGAAAAUCUUGUGAAAUGUGAAAGAAUGCAUAGGGGAAUAACAGUGUAAAUGCAUGGAGUGUGGAAAGAGCUUUGCUCAGAGGCGCACACUUUUAAUACUGACAAAUCCACCUUGAACCUCCAGAUAAAAGACUCAUGUGUUGAAAGUGCUUUAUUGCAAAUUUAACCCUUCAAUUGCAUUGAAGCAGAAAACUUAUUGUCCAUGAAAGAAUUCAUAGUGGUUGUAGAAAAUGCUGUCAAGUUACAACUGAAUUAUGGAGACCCCAUAGGAUUUUGAAGGCAAGAAACAUUCAGAGGUGGUUUGCCGUUGCCUGCCUGUGCAUCACAGCCUUUAUAUUCAUCAUCAUCA